AUGGAAGUGAUCUCAGAGGCUAUCGCAGCCACGUGCCGGGAAUGGAGUUUUCUACUUGUUUUCUCCUGCCUGGUGCUGUCUGUCUUCUCAACCAUCGAUGAGUAUCAGAACAGCUCUGAAGGGGCCCUUUAUAUUCUGGAAAUUGUCACCAUUGUGGUGUUUGGGGUGGAGUAUUUUGUGCGGAUCUGGGCAGCCGGCUGCUGCUGUCGGUACCGGGGCUGGAGAGGAAGGCUGAAAUUUGCCCGCAAGCCCUUCUGUGUCAUCGACAUCAUGGUGCUGAUCGCGUCCAUUGCCGUGCUGGCAGCGGGCUCCCAGGGCAACGUCUUUGCCACCUCGGCGCUCAGGAGCUUGCGCUUCCUGCAGAUCCUGCGCAUGAUCCGCAUGGACCGGCGGGGUGGCACCUGGAAGCUGUUGGGCUCCGUGGUUUACGCGCACAGCAAGGAGCUGAUUACUGCCUGGUAUAUUGGCUUCCUCUGCCUCAUCCUGGCCUCUUUCCUGGUAUACUUGGCCGAGAAAGGAGAAAAUGAGCACUUUGAUACAUACGCAGAUGCACUCUGGUGGGGUCUGGUUGUGCUGGAGGAGGAGGAGGACAGCUAG